AUGUCCUCAACCCAGACCCAGACACAGACGUCGUCCCAAACACAACAGACCACAGUCCUAAAGGGCGCAUCGCCCACAUCCUCACCAUCUGGCUCGUCCACCGCCAUCAAGACCAGCGACUCGUCCACAAUAACCACUAAACCCACCGACCCAUCUACCGCCACACCACCCGCCAAGACCGACAACCCCAACACCGACGAGACUGAGAUCUACGACGAGAUCGAGAUCGAAGACAUGACCUACGACUCAACGCUACGCAUUUACCACUAUCCUUGCCCGUGCGGCGACAGGUUUGAGAUCCUUGUUAGCGAGCUACGCGAGGGCAACGAUAUUGCUGUUUGUCCGGGCUGUAGUUUGACGAUUAGGGUUAUUUAUGAGGUUGAGGAUUUGGUACAGGAGGAUGGCUGA